GAGGGGGUGUCCAGAUUAGUUCUCCUAGAUGGUUGUUUUUCCUUCAGGAGCCAUGACUGAACUCUAGCGAUUUCUCGCAUAUCUCCAUGUCGGCCUUUCCUCGUGGACGUUGCCCCCUUUCCUAUCCCGCGGGACGGACCACUUCGUCACCAUAGCUUUUAAUGUCGCCGAAGACCAAUGAAUCCUAUCCACCUACACCUCCUAUGCCCCAGACCGAUGAGACACAGCCAGAUUACCACACACGCUACCAUACAUCUAAUGAUAACUCCGACCGACAAACGGGUGCGCACAUGAACGAGGGACGAGCGAGCGGGGAGCUAGAGGGCAGCACCCUCGGUAGCAGCUCUCGGGAUGGCGAUAAAGGAGGCCGGGCCCAACGCCGAACGGCCAGCUCCGGCGGCUUCCUAGUCGAUUCGUCUUUUCUACCCAGGUCGAAGAGCUUGCGUGCAAGCCAAUACCUCCCUCGCCGCUCAGAAUCCAGCCGCAAGGAGAAGCGUGAAGCACCCGAACCUGAAUUGGUAGUUCCGAAGAAGCGAUCACGAUUCCCUUGGAUUCGGCAUAAAGAGCAGAAGGUAUCCCAAGUAGAGCAGGCGGAGCAUACCAAUCAUACGGAGCAUACGGAACCCACAACAGCGGAGGAGACUCCUGCUUCAUCGAAUCUGGAGCAGGAUGCGGCUUCCCAGGAGUCGCAUAGCAAGCAGACGGACAAUCAGGACACCAUAGGUCUUGAUAGGGAUUCGCUCCAGAUAGUGAAUCUUGCCUUGAAUUUGAGCGAGUCGAGGAAAAGGAAUAGCCUGGGUCGCUCUGCUUCAACUCGUCUUUCGGGAGGUAGAUGGGCUCUGGCAGGUGGGCAAACAUCCGCUCCAUACACUGGUAGACAUGCAUCGGUUCCAGUAACCGACCUGGGGCAUGGCGGCUCUCAACAUGGCCAGAGGGUCACACAAGCACCGGGUGAAGAUCUUACCAGAAUAGUCGACUCCAGUCAACUGGGCGGACCGUCGACUCAUGCGCCAUCUUCAGUGGCAAGUCUACUUCCACAUUCCGCUGGAUCGGAACCCUUGCCGCAGGGCUUCUCAGAGAGCACACUUGCUCGAGCCGAGAAAGCUCGCCGCCAUUUUGAGCUAUUUUCGGAAUAUCUCCGACUACUUCCUUCUCUUCCUCCUCUUCAACCGAUUGACGAUCAAACUGCCGAUUCAACAUCUGUGCAUAGCAGUGGCUUUGCAUCACACCGGGUCUACAAUCCUCUUCAGUGUAUUCGCAAUCGCAAAGUGAGAUUUCGUGAGCGAUGUGCAAUAGACACGGAGGCAGCGGGGUGGUACGAUACGGAGAAGGUACAUCAGUGGGUUGAUUCAGUGCAAGCUGAAUACAGCCAGCAGCCGCAUGGUCCCCUUGAAUGUCUGCGGCUUCCAUCGUUUCAUAAUUGUAAAGAUGCUACACCGCGUGCAGAAGUAGACGAACCUGAUCAUCUUGCCGUCUCUCCUCCUUCAAGUCUGAGACGUGCUAGCCGCGCUAGCAGUGUCAAAGCACGCAGGCCACGGUCAGACUGGGUCAUCGACCCCGCAGAGUUCCUUUACGAUGCCGCAUGGGUUGAGGAAAGGCACAAUAAGGGUAAGAUCGUUGAUAGAGACGGGAAUCAUCUCUACCCAGAUCCUUCGAUUCUCAUUACUCCUGAUGAUGAUCAGACGCCCAUUGAACCACCGCAGCAGCUACAGAAUAAUCGGCAAUCGCUAGACUCGGAACACCCCACUUCUCGUACCUCCUUGUCUGAUUCGCGCUCGGUUUUGGCGACAGAAUUCAAUAGAGUCGGGCGUGGACGGCGUCGGCACAGGUUCCACGGCUCUGGCCGUAGUGGACAUGAAACCGAAGGAUCAAGGAAAAUGACAGGCUCUAAGAGGCAUAAACUCGGCCUAUUAUCAAGUAGCUCUUCGAGCAUCUCUAGUGCUGAGGGACGUCAGUACCGGGAAUCGCCAAUGGAUAAUACGUUGUCCUCUGAGAGGGAUGUGUCCCCACUGCCCGACGCCUCACGACUUCGAGCCUCUGAGGUGCUCUCAGAAUAUGACACCGCCAUGAAUACCAGACUGACGCCAACCCAUGACACUUUUCCUCGUUAUGUGACCGGAAGAUCUCCUACUUGGGCUCGGUCAGAGGGAAAGCGAAGUUCUAUAUCCUCUAUUCCAAGUGUUGAUGACCGCUACGACCCCUUGACAACCUUAUCAACUGCAGAAAGCAGGUCUCCCGAGCUCCAUGCGCAGGUCGGCAUGUUUCCAAGUAUCGCAUCCAACCUAUCCCCACCGGCAAGCCGUUCGCCGUCGCCUACAAAAGGCCGCUUCUCGCGUGCUAUUGGUGCUCGACAUGAGCGGAGUAAGAGCAACAUUCGGGCAAAGGAUAUUGCAGAUGAUAGCUCCCUGGAGUCGGCGGCUUUGCGCAAGGAUACUUCAACUGGGCAUCCCGAGGGUAUUCCCCAAGGUGGAAGGCUGGAACCAAGCCCGCUUCCCGAUCGAAUCUCUCCAGUAUUUCAGGAAGACCCAUCAAAAUUCAACUCACAAAACCGCAAAGACGCAGUACAGGGCGAAUCCAAGCUGCGUGGAAUAUUCAAAGGCCCUGGGAAGAUCGCAGAGAAAGUGGGCAACGAAAUGUCAAAAGUAGGGGAUCUAAUACUUAAAAAGGAUACCGUCGCCCAGUCACGGAGAUCUUCCGUUUCAAGCACUGAUAGUUCUGUUUCCGAUCCUCCUGAUGAUCCCGAAGAAGCUAGAGGUGAUAGAAUGUCUGGCGCCAAGUCUCUUUUGCGCCGGUUUCCUACGUUCUCCGACGAUGCCAAUCGAACUUCACGCAGGAAUCUUGAGAAGAUCAGUUCGAAGACCCAUGUGCCUCCUAUGUCUCCCUUUGUCUCCACGCCUCGGCAUGAUCGAUUAGAAGAACAUCAAUCGCCUGUCUACGGCAGUCCUUCGAAGGCCGGUGCUGACAUCGACACGACGGACUCACAGAGAGAAGUGGGUGGGUUUUCUACAUCUCUCCAUACGCCAGCAACCCGUCAUGAGAAACUACGAUUUGGCCCUGAUAUUCAUACUGUGCCAGAACAAUUCAGAAAGCGUAACAUCAGGGAUGUCGGUGUUCCCUUCAGUUUGACAAGGCCUCCUGUCACGGGUCUUGCUCAAGCGAGAGCAGACACUACUUCAUCGUCCCAGGAAAAACGCCCAAGACUGGUAACUGAGUCAAGAAGCUGGAGUAUCUCUAACCGCAGCUUAUCUAGCUCGCUUGUUGUUGGUGUUCCGGGGAAGCGCGAGAUUGAGCGCACCCGAGCCUUUCUUCUUUCUUCGGGAAUUAAAGCUCGAGAGAUCACCCGCCGAGCAGAAUGUGUGCGGCGGCCACCACCAGACUUCCUUCGGCGCACAUUUGGUACGGAAGCAUCCGUACCUCAAGUAAGUCGGCUUUAUGAGUACGAUGUAGCCGCACAGGGCCUGCUCAGAAGCUUCGAGAAAACACAUCGUUCGUUCCAACAAUCCAUAGACAAUUUCUCUGGCUCGGUCUCAUCUCCUUUAAGAUCGCAACUGAACAAACUCGAGGACAUCGUCAAUGAGACGAUUUCCCCGCGUGUUCAGGCAGCCACACAGGAUGCGGAGGACUUGAGCAUUCAGCUCAACACCACUAGUACGCUUGCUGUUAAACAGCUGAGCGAUACACUUGACAAAGGAGUCAGGAGGCGUCAUCGCCGGCUGCGCUGGGUACGGCGCACUGGGUUCGUGAUGCUCGAAUGGGCAUUAGUUGGUAUGCUCUGGUGGGUUUGGCUAAUUGUGAUGGCUUUCAAGAUCUUGCGAGGCGUUUUUCGGGGUGUUCUUUCAGGUGUCAGAUGGGUCUUGUGGUUGUGAAUGCAAACUGAGAAGAAAGGCUGUUGUUUCCUCGUUAUUAUACCCCUGUCAGAUCUCACAUGUUCCUAGCGUUUGUUCCCUUUUCUACAUCACUGAUAUUCGUUUCACAAUACUUGUAUUAUAUAGCUUUUUUAUGAUUGAUAAUUACUUUAAUGUCUUCAUGAAACUUG